GACACGAACGUUCUAAAAACGCGAGACCUUAGUUCUUCCACCUUUCUCUGCCCAUUUAAAGCUGUAUGAUUAAGUGUGAGCAUCUGCUCCACAGUCGUUCAUGAGAGUUUAAAUGCUGGGGAAUAUUCCCAUCUUCCCACAGCUGAAGAAGAAGAAGCAGGAGGAGUUACUCCAGGAGAAACUACUGACAUACUAUUGGAAAGAUGGAGUUUGAGGAAGAACCCUGCAGAAUGAGAGAUGAAGAUACAGAGGAACAAACAGACUCAUUGGGACUGAAUGAAGAUGAGCGGCAUUUGUUUCAAAAACCACAUCAUUUCACAAAUGAAGAUGGAAAUGCAGUAAUUUCACAAACUGUAGAGAAUUUCACACAAAUACGAGUUAGAAAAACUGGAGCCAAUGGUUCUUUUGUCUGCACCGAGUGUGGAAAUAGUUUCAGUCAGAAAUCAAGCUUGAAGAGACACAUGAGAGUUCACACUGGAGAAAGACCGUUCACAUGCACUCAGUGUGGAAGGAGCUACUCACGCAAACAAGAACUUACGAAACACAUGAGAAUUCACACCGGAGAGAAUCUGUUCACAUGCACUCAGUGUGGAAAGGAUUUUGUUGACAAAAAAGGCUUGACCAGACACCUACUAGUUCACACUGGAGAAAAACCUUUCAAAUGCACUCAGUGUGUGAAGAGUUUCAGAGACAGAAGCGCUCUCAAAGAUCAUCUGGAUUCUCACGCUGGAGUGAGAUCAUUCAGCUGUGAUCAGUGUGAUAAAACAUUUGUUUUGGCAUCACACCUAAAAACACACCUUAAAGUUCACGCUGGUGUGAAGCCUCAUGUUUGUUCUCUUUGUGGAAAGAGUUUUGCACGACUGCACACAUUAAAAGACCACCAGAAUAUGCAUUCUGGUAUGAAACCUUAUAUAUGUGACUGUGGGAAGAGCUUUACUGCACAAAGUAAUUUAAUAGAGCACCAGAAGAUUCACACUGGAGAGAAACCUCACAAAUGCUCACACUGUGGAAAGAGUUUCUUUUCCUUAAAGUCCUUGAAAAAUCACGAGAGAGUUCAUACUGGAGAAAAGCCACACCAGUGCUCUUUAUGUGGGAAGAGUUUCGCUCACUACCCAAAUCUGCUGGUUCACAAGAAAAAUCAUUACAAAGUUGUAUAAAUGAGCAAAACAUUUGUAACCGACAACAUCAGUCCAUUAUAUAUUCACAACUUUUAUUUUAUUUAUUUUUUUUUAGUCUGUUUACAAGCGACACAUUGAAACAACUGUCUUAUUGAAAUUAGUCACACUGAAUGUUCACACGUGCUGUAAUUAUCUCUCAGUCUGCAUGAAUAGAUGUUAAAUAUCAGGAACGUUUGGGCACUGGGUAGUUUAUGGUUAAAAUUG